AACCUACUUUAUAGAUAGCAUUGGUGCGUGGCGUUGGGUUACCUCUUCAAACCAAAACCUUCCUUCUUCUCUAGUAUUUCCCUCAUGCUCUGCCAAAGUUAACAAACAUUCUCCUCUAUAAUUGUGUCUCUUCAACAGGGUUAGGGUUCCAAGACAAGACUUCAAAAGAUCUCAUCUGAAAUCAAUCACCGCCAUGGAAGGAGAUGCUGUUACUGACUUUCAAGACUGGGAACUACUAGCCAACUCGGACUCGGACUCGGUCCUGGCUGACUCACCCAACUCGGUGGCCAAUUCUUCGAGGAGUUUUCAUGAGAUUGAGGCUGAUACAGAAGGUAUGUUCAGGUCAGAUUACUUUUCUCUUGAAAAUGAUAGUAGACAUGUUAAAGCUGCUCUUGAUGCUAGUGAAGAAGGUUCCGUUGAGUCGGAUAAUCCGAGUUGGAUCGAUCCUGGCUCAGAAACUCGGUUCCAGAGGAGGAAUUCUGGUGAGUCAUGGCCUGAUUCGGGUAGUGAUCGAUCUGAUGAUCGCAAAUCAAGUGACUUUGAUGUGAAAAAUGAAUUGGGUUUUGUGGAAAAUGAAAGGACUGGCGUGGGAUUUCAAGGGAUUGGAGAAAUUGAGGCUAAAGAAGGGAAGCUUGAGUCACUCGAGCGUGAAGCUAGCAACUUUCAAGGGAAAAGCGAAGUGGGUCUUGUAGAGACCUUGAAAGAUCAAGUGGGUUUGGAAGGAUUCGGGGAACAAGGUAAGGAUAAGGAAUUGAUUAAGUUCUGGUCUGAUUCUGAUGGUGAUAAUUUGGUUUUUGGUGGUCUUGGGAAGGAUCAAGCUGGGUCUGAGAUUCUGGGUGAAUCUGAAGGUGGAAAUGUGUCCAAAGAGGUAAGUUUGGGUGUUGUUGCGGUCAGAGAUACAAAGCCUGGUGAUGAGGGGGAGAAGAGGAAGGUGGUGGUGUGGUGGAAGGUUCCUUUUGAGGUGUUGAGGUAUUGUGUUUUCAGGUUGAAUCCUGUUUGGUCUGUCUCUAUGGCUGCCGCUGUGAUGGGAUUUGUUAUCUUGGGACGGAGAUUGUAUAAGAUGAGGCGCAAGACAAAGAGCUUGCAGCUUAAGGUUACAGUGGAUGACAAGAAGGUAUCACAGUUCAUGACUCGUGCUACACGUCUGAACGAAGCAUUUUCUGUUGUGAGAAGGGUCCCCAUUGUUCGGCCCCUAUUGCCAGCAGCUGGGGUGAAUCCAUGGCCUGUUAUGAGUUUGAGAUAGAAUUGUUAUUGUAAAGUAGGUGUAAUGGGGAAGCAUCAUGCGAGCAUGUUAAUCGAUGAUUAAAUGCCUGUCUUGCUUUGCUUUGUAUGUAGCUGGAGUGCUGUGUUUCAUAAUUACUUGUGUAUGAACCUAAUUAAAUGUGUAUAAACUCCAGACGGAUUUCCUUC